UGGCUUUCCCUCAUCAGCCUCACAUGGGACGUAGUGGAUGAGGUUGACUUACACAUUUAGUUGUAUAAACACUAUGCUUGUGUGUUGUAAUUAGUGGUGAAAGACGCUGGUUUUCCCACCAAAGUAGGAUUGAAUUUCUUUUUCCCAGAGGCCCGCCCUUGUGUGGCCAGCGGGGGACGCUGACUGGUUUUGUGGUAAUUGCUGUUUUCUUCCUCCUUGCUUCCAUUUUUUUCCCCCUUAUAGGGAAUAAAAUAUGAAAUGUUUGCAUUCUUAUUGGAUUGCCUAAGAUAAUCCAGGUUGACUUCUUUAAGUAAAAAAUGACAUUCUCUGUUAACUAGCUCAGCCUGCGUGUUCACGAUUGCCAACAUACUAAAAAUUUCCGUAACCAUAUACCAAAUGCCACCGGUUACCUCAUUUAAAACCCCUUUAGUGUGGUGUCUGCAGCUCCCACAUAGACUUGGCAUGCCUCUCUGUGAUCUUAAGUGCUUAAAGAACAAGUCAGUCAUCACACCAGCUUUCUGAUGGCCAGAGAAGUACAAGACCAGAUGAGUUGCUGGGUCAGAAUUUAACCGUUUAGUAUAGUUUCGUUGCUUUAAAGGGAAAACUCUUAUUACCCUUGAUGCAUUUCCUUCGGGAUCUGGCUUUUUUGUUUGUUUGUUGGUUGGUUGUUUUGUUGGAGUUUUUUUCCCUAAUAUUUCAUGACCUGCUCAUAGCAUAGGGUGGAGUGAGUGCUUUGCAUAUUUUUAGAAAGCUCUACAAUCGUUAAUUUGGUCAUUCAUGAAUGCAGCUGUCACGGAAACGCUGGAACCCAGAAAAAUAUAGCUGGAUUUUCUUUGGCUGAAGCGAAAUGCAAAUCAUUGCUGAAUUGCACUCAUCAUUUCUUUCUUGUCUUUCUGUGCUCUCCUACCAUGGCUGAGCUUUGGUUUCUGGACUUAUUUUUCACAUGACUUCUAAAAGGCCACUAUACUUGAAUAUUAAACCAAAAACAAUAGCAAGGAGUGGGCCUGUUGUGAUCGUACCCUCUGCUCAUUCAUCACUUCCACAUGUUAAGUCCCAGCAGUGAGUUAUUCAACAGCUGGACACAGACCACCCCUCAGACACGGUGGCCAUCCCCCUCAUCUGCUGCUCCACUGUAAUUGUGCCCUCUUUCUUGGUUUGGAUCAAAGCACCUCAGGUUUCUACCAGAUCUAAAUGCUUAUCCUCCUGGAACUCUGAAAGCUUGAGAAGUCUGUUCACAUGCUUCUCCUUUACUUACACUCUUAGCUGGGUGGUACUUCAAGGCCAGUUGCCUCUCAGUGUUUUUCAGGUUUUCCUGAGUGGCAUCAAGCUUGGUCCCUAAGUCAUCAUAGUAAGUGGUUUCUUUCAUCAUGUUUGACAGCCAGUGAGCCGGGUGGUGCUGUGGGGGAGCAAGAAGGGACUGCACAAUGUGCACAGCUUAGGCAGUCCCCAUUCUUUCUUACCUAGCAUUCUGUUUUUUGUUUUUGUUUUUUUCUUUUUUCGGAGCUGGGGACCGAACCCAGGGCCUUGCACUUGCUAGGCAAGUGCUCUACCACUGAGCUAAAUCCCCAACCCCUUACCUAGCAUUCUGGAACAUACCCUUCCUGUGGAAUUUAUCUUACCACUGAGGUCCCCAAGGAGAGUCAUUAGAUUGUCUUUGCUUCUCCCACAACCAAGUACUUUUGAUUCUAUUUCUGUCCAGUCCUUUCAUCUCAGUAGUCUCAUGCCUUCCCAUUUCUAGCACGUUAUUAAUUAGCCUUCUGAUUGUUCUUUUCUGCCUACACUUGGAGACUCUCCCAACCUGCCACAGUUUUUGGAGAGCGAUUUCACUAAUGCGCAAAGCUGUCACAUCAUUCUUAGUGGCAACCUAUUGCAGAACAUCUCAAACCGGAAUCUGACCUAGAGUCUUUCAUUGUUAACGUAUUUUUAGUAUGUUAAAUAUAUGCAAAUAUAAAGCCAUAUGUAAAGUCCUAUGCAGCUCUUAUAAUAAUCAGGCAUUUGUAGAUUAAAUGAAGCGGAACUAUAUGACCAGUAAAUUCAAGUGAACACUUAUUCUUUGUGAACAUUGAUACUGUUUUGCUGGACUUUAAAAGUUCAGAAAGCAAAUCUGUCCUCUCAGUCUUGGCUCACUUCUCUUACAUUGAGACCUAUAUAUAUUUUUCUAGUGUUGCAGAUUACUCAGUGUUCCCAGUCUUCAUUUAAUCCAUGAUGAGACUUUCCCUUGCUCCGGGUGCCUUGACUUUCCUUGCUCUUCACUGGGCAGCAUCAUUUACAUGCAAUAAGUGUCCUAGUUACUUUUCUAUUGCUGUAAUGAAACACCAAGACCAAAAGCAACUUGGGUCAGAAAGGGUUUAUUUAGCUUAUAUACCCUGAAUCACUUGUUCAUUGACACCAAGGCAAGAACUCAAACCUUGACAGGAGCUGAUGUAGAAGCCAUGGAAGGGAGCUGCUUACUGGCUUGUUCCUCAUGGAUUGCUAAUCCUGCUUUAUUAUAGAACACCAGGGCCACAUACACUGGGCUGGUCCCUCCCCCAUCAAUCAGUAAUUAGGAAAAAAGACCUACCAGCCUGCCUGCCUGCCUACAGCCUAAGGCUGUGACCCUAUAAUUCAAUUCCUCGUGUUGUGGUGACCCCCAACAAUGAAAUUAUUCUCACUGCUACUUCAUAACCGUCACUUUGCUACUGUUGUGAAUCUUAGUGUAAAAUCUCUGUGUUUUCCGAUGGUCUUCUUAGGCGACCCCUGUGAAAGGGUUGUUUGACGCCCAAAAGGGGUUUCAACCCACAGGUUAAGAAUUGUCAUUACAGAGUUAUUUUCCUCUAUUGAGGUUUUCUUCUCACAGUUGAUAAUAGUUUGUGUCAGAUUGACAGAAGACUAGCCAGGGUUUGUUAAUUACUCACAUGCAGUUAGUUGGGCAAUGCACCUGUAAUCUUAAAUGUGAGACCUGAAACCCAAAACAGCAGUCAGAUAAAAGGUGGUCUGGGGACUACACACACAGAUCCCUAAGGGGUCAUAGAGGACCGAUCAGAGCCCCUUAGUGUCCUGUACAGGACAUGGUGCUAUCCUUUCCUUGCUACAUUCUCAGCGUGUCUCUUGACUGUCUUUCAUGUUUGUUCCUGUUCUAAUGUUUGUCUGCUUGCUCAAGCCUUUCUGUUUGAGAUUUUCUUCAGAGCUCUCCCUGCAAUCUUCCUUUCAGAUAUUAUGCUCAGGACCCUUCCCAGAUGGCAUAGUCCUACUUGGACCCUUUCCCUGACCCCACUGGCUAAGCAGCCCUGACUAUGUCCCCGUGAUACUAUGCAUAUGCUUGUGGCACUACAUUGAGAUAAGCUAGGCAGAAAAAUGAGCUGGGGUAUCGUUCUGCCUCUUUAGAACACUACUUAAAGCAUGUACAUAUUGAAUGAAUGCAUGAAUGAAUGAAUGAAUGAAUGGCCUACAAAACUAAUGUGUAGAGCCUAUGAUCAGCAGGUAAGUGCUUUUAGCAUCAAUGAAGACUUAGUCCCCUCUUACUCUUUAAAUUAGUAGGAAGCUCCAGUAGAAAGGAGAAAUACAAACACCUCUGAAUUCUAUCUUUAAAGCAGGUAUUUUCCAGCUGGUCGUGGUACUACACACUUUUAGUGCUAGCACUCAGGAGGCAGAGGCAGAUGGACCUCUAAGAGUUUGAGGCCAGCCUGGUCAACAGAGUGAGCUUCCAGACAGCUUAGGCAAAAUAGUUAGAUUCUGUCUUUAAAAAAAAGUAAGCUUUUUAUAUGUCGUAAGUUUAUUUUUUUUUAAAUAUGUAGAAGGUAAAAUAGUGUUAACAGAUACAAUUUACACUUACAGAUUCUCUAGUUUGGGGAGCAAAAAAAUGAAUAUUGGUUCUUUUUUGUUCCGCCCCCAUUCUUUGUUUAACGUUAGCAAAAUACAUCUUAUCCAUGAUAUUUUAAAGAUUAGAAAAUGUGGAUUUGGAGGUUAGGAAAAUGCUUUCUGUUUAUAUGAUUUGCUUUUUUGUUGUUGUUUUUUAAAAAAGUGAUUUAACUAAAUAUUAAGCACUCAGGCUAGGCCAUUGGAGGCCAUUGUUCCACAGUUAUUGUCCUCUGUCUGGGCUGGGACCUGUUUUGGCACAGGGUAUAACAGUGAUUGUGAUCAGAGGAUCAGCUAGAGCAGUUCUCAGCCUGUGGGUCAUGAACCCUUUUGGGGUUGAACCACCUUUUUACAGGGGUCGCAAAUCAGAUACCCUGCACAUCAGAUAUUUCACAUUAUGAUUCAUAACAGUAGCAAAAUGGCAGUUAUGAAGUAGCAAUGGAGUACUUUGUGGUUGGGGGUCAUCACACCAUGAGGAGCUGUAUUAAGGGUGGCAGCAUUGGGAAGGUUGAGGACCACUGAGCUAGAGAGUACUCAGUGUUACACGUAAUCAUUAUUGGUUGAAAACACAGAUUUCUUAGGUAAUAGAAAUAAAGCUGGGAGCCCCACUUUAGCCGGAGUGGUCAGAGAAGGCCCCUCUAAAAGAGGAGCUUUCAACAGUCUCAGGAAAGAGAGGGCAUUGUGACUCAUGCUUGGAAUCCCAGCACUCAAGAGGUUGAGGCACAAGAGCCCGUGUGAGUUUAAGGCUACCCUGGCUUAGAGAAUGGCGCCGUGAGACCUGUCUCAAACAAAAGCAAGCACCCAGGCAAAGCGAUGAUCAAUUACGGGAUUCUUAAGGUCCUGUUUGGGAUGAAUGUGAUUUGGAGAAAUUGCAUUUGCCGUCUGAGGCAAGGGAAGGUGCCACACAGAUGUCAGAGCGGUGUCCACCCGGUGGCCCCUCUGGGGUCAAGGAUUUUAACUGACCCCACCAAAGUUUUCGAACACAACAUGUGGGAUCACAUGCAGUGGUCCAAAGAGGAAGAAGACGAAGCUAGAAAAAAAGUAGAGGAAAACUCAGCCACACGAGUCGCCCCAGAAGAGCAAGUUAAGUUUGAAAAUGCUGCUAACAAAUACUGGGACACUUUUUACCAAACCCAUAAGAAUAAGUUUUUCAAGAAUCGUAAUUGGCUGUUGAGGGAAUUUCCUGAAAUUCUUCCCGUUGAUCAGAACACUAAAGAGAAACUGGGAGAAUCAUCCUGGGACCCAGCCAGAAGCAGCAUCUCAAGAACGCAAGGAACAGAAACCCACCGACAAGAGACUUUUGUCUCAUCAGAACCUGGGAGCAGAGAAAGGUCUGCUUCUAACCCUGACUUGGAAGAAUACAGCAGAGGACCCAGGAAGGCAGAGCAGUUUCCUGGUAGCAAGGCUACUUUUCGAAUACUAGAGGUUGGCUGUGGUGCUGGAAAUAGCGUGUUUCCAAUCCUGAACACCUUGCAGAACAUCCCAGGAUCCUUUCUUUACUGCUGUGACUUCGCCCCUGAAGCAGUGGAGCUCGUAAAGUCACAUGAGGCCUACAGCGAGGCCCACUGUUCUGCCUUUAUUCAUGACGUGUGUGACGACGGCUUGGCCUACCCUUUUCCAGACGGGACCCUGGACGUCAUUCUCCUUGUCUUUGUGCUCUCUUCUAUUCACCCUGACAGGAUGCAAGCUGUCAUCCACCGGCUGUCCAGGUUGCUGAAGCCCGGAGGAAUGCUAUUGUUUCGGGAUCAUGGAAGAUACGACAAUGCUCAGCUUCGCUUUAAAAAAGGGCGUUGUUUAUCUGAAAAUUUUUACGUCCGAGGGGAUGGUACCAGAGCCUAUUUCUUUACAAAAGGCUUGACGCUGAGUGCUGACACCCUAUCACACACAAACGCACCCCAAAAAGGAAAAGAAAAAGAAAGAAGAAAAGAAAGAAGCCUUGCACUUGGCAAGCUGGUAGAGUGAAGUCCUCCUGGAGACCUCUGUGUGGCUCAGUAGACAACCCCUUAGCAGCCUCAGUCUCCUUGAGAGGAAACAGAUGGCGGAACACCUGCUUCCUGCGGCUGCCCCAGAGGUAAAAUUUCAAUCUAUCAAUCUCAUUUGCAAGCAGAGAAAACCCACCAGGUUAUUUACUCUACCCAGCCAUGUGACGAGCUGUCACAGAUAUUUUAGAGGAUAUAAAUAAAAAUAAGAAAGUGUCCCAGGAGACACAAGUCACUAGAGGACACAAUACCUACCCACAAGGUGAAGUGUGCUCAUUUGCAUACUCAAGGAAAAGCUGCCCAGGAACCAGGGGCUUUGGGCAAUUUCACCGAGGGUUGGGUUUACUGACUAAGAGGAUUAAGACAGGAAAACAUCCACUGAACACCUACUGUAUACAACCGUUGAUCACCGUUGACAUCUGUGCUGAUGUCGUCUCGAGCUAUUAAAGGUGAAGUUUCAUCUUCAGGUGACUGAUCAGGCGAAACAGCUCAAAGAACAGUUAUACACACAGGGAAUCAAAGUCAUGACGGAUCAGUGCCAGGGAUAGCAGACCGAUCAUGGAGGAUGAAGGUAGGGUGGGAGUGAGGUUGGGUCGGGGUGGAUAGCUGCCCCUGGAGUGUGGCAGCAGGCUUCACAGAGGUGGUGGCAUUCUAAUUGAGAAGAAACAUGUAAAAUAGGUUGUGACCAGCUAAGCAGGGAUAUGGAUGGUAGGGACUGAGGCUGCAGGAUCUGGAAAAAGCCCACAGCUUUCAUUUUAACCAAGAAGCCUGAUUUCCCUUUGGUAAGGCACACAGGACUCAAGGUGUUCAGUCAUAGUACAUCAGGGCCUGAUCAUACUUCCUUGUAUGGAGGAAGGGUUUCUAUUCUGCUCCACAGUCUGUUGGGGUAACAGCUAGUCUUAACGUUGAAACUUGGCUUGUUUUGCACAGAUGGGAUUCAGGAGGAAGAUAGAGUUACACACAGAGUCUCUCUCUGUCCCAGGACUGGGAGUGAUGCGAAGCUAUCUUCGUGUACUUUCUUCUUUCCGUGGGAAGGACUUUGGAGUUGAUGUUGGUUAGAUGCUGGUAAACUUCUGGUCUGAAUUGUGGCCCUAGGCUCAGGGUUUGAGUGCUCAGUCCCCGGCUUGUGGCCGGCACUAUUUCAAAGGCGAUGGAGUCUUUGGAGGGAGGAGGACCGGCUGAAGUAGGUCACAAGGGAUAGGCCUCUGGAGGUUAUAGCUGCUUCUGCUUCUGGUCUGUGGUCAGCCUCCUGCUCUGAGGCCUUUCGAGCGUCUGCCUCCAGAGAGCUGCUCCUUCAGUGUGCGUCGCCUUCUUCCCAUGGUAGACCGACAUUCCUCCAAACCUGUGAGUCAGAAGGAAUCCUCCCUCCGUUCCACUGCUCCCAUCAGGUUAUUUGACCGCUUUUGUUAUGGAGACACAAAGCAACACAGAUAUGAAGCUGUGGAGACCAAUAAUCAGAAGUUCAAAUCCCAGGUCUCCCUUUACUAGCUGGUUGUUUUGUAUAGACUCUUCACUGCAGUUUCAACUGUGGGCUUGAACCCAGUCAUGAAAUGUGGGCCACCAUUCUAAGUUUGGGGCCCACUAAGUAAAAAUCAGAGAGGGUAUUUUUGCCCUUGUAUUUAUUGUGUAAACAGGGGAUAGUCAUUGGUCACUCCCUACCCCCAGCGUUAAGACCAACCCAAGUGGGCUCUUUGCCUCCAUUGCCUGAUUCAACUAGCACCCCUGAUCAUUGGGGAAGCUGUAAUAGCCUUGCAGUAAAUGUCAUAUGCAGCGCCCCCCACCCCUGCAUUUUGGAGGGCUGUGAUUAUAUUCAGAAAAUACCCUGUUUCUGAAACAGCUGAGCUUAUGCACAGGUAGGUUCUGAACCUACAAUAAUAAUCACUAAUAUUAAUUAAGAAUGCUUUUAUACGGUAAGUACUAUUCCAAGCACUAUGUUUUAAAUGAACCUAUUCACACUUUAAAAAAAAAAGAUUUAUUUUACUUUUAACCAUGUGCAUCUGUGUGCACCUGUGUGAAUCUAUGCCACACAUGUAUAGGUGCCUGAGGAGAAAAGAGGUAUCCGGUUCCUCAAAGCUGGAGUCACAGGUAGCUGUAAGCCACAGAAUGUGGCUGCUGGGAAUUGAGCUCAGGUCCUCUGGAAACCACGGAGUCACACCUCCAGAUUCCUGACUUGCUUACUCUUACAGAGGUCCUGUGAGGUGAGUAGCAACAUCUCCAUUUUGUUUUCAGUGCUGGGCACAGAACCCAGUGCACACUAAGCACCUACUCUCCGGCUGAGUGCCUACCCUCUUGCUUCCAUUUUAGGGUGAGGAACUAGAGGCACAGAGGGAAAUGGCUUACCCACCAGUCAGAGCUAAUCCCUCUCUCUCUACCUAGGCUGUGCACUCAGCGUUUCUGCCGAGAAAGGACCACCAUAAGCCGUGGUCUUUUAAAACCCUUAUAACAAUAACAUUUUGUGUUCUAAUUAUAAAACUAAGCCACGGCUGGACUUUUUUAAAAUAGAGAUAGGAGUAAGGAAGUCAAAAUUAUUUGUAUUUUUAUCACCUGGUGAUAAUGUUUAUUAACAUUUGGGCCCAUUUCCUUUAAGAAGUUAAAUUACAUAUAUAAUUUUCUUUCCAUGCACCAUAGCACCACAUGUGACUUUUAAAAAUUAAUGCUACAAUUUGAGCAUUUCCCCAUGUUACUAAAUAUUCUUAGAACCAAAGAUUUCCAUGCCUGCAAAUAUUCCAGUUAUUCAGAGCUACCAUAAUUUAUUCUAAAAAACCCCAUAAUGUGGGCCGUUAAGUUGUUCCCAACAUUCCUGGGGCUUUUGUGGGGGUCCUUGAUGGCUCCUUAGCUGGGCUCCCUUAGGAGCCAACCAGGAUGUUUUCAUCCCAGCAGCUGACCUACAUCUCUCUGCUAUGUAGGUUCACCCCUGGGCACGGGAGUCAGAUGAGGGUUUUGAAAAGAAUUCCCUACCCCCUCCAUGCACUUUUUGUAAUGGCAUGGUUUUCCAUAGCUUUAUAAAAUGGCACUUAUCUUACCAAAAAAGUACAAAAUUAAAAUGUGUAAGUGGCUGGGGAGUCAUCUCACAUGCACCAAAGAGGUAUCGUGCAACACACACUCACACACACAAACACACACACACACACACACACACACACACUCAAACAGGGCACACAGGUAUCGACACAAAAAGAUAAAAGAAGUAAACAAAAGAAGACAAAAGAGUAAACAAGCAGGACCUGGAGGCAACACCUGCAAUCCCAGCAGAGGAGAGACUGAGGCAGAAGGACCAGGAGUUCAUAGCCUGGGUUAGUUACAUCAUGAGACUCUGUCUCCACAAACAAUGAAAGGGGAAGAAGAGAAAGAGAAAGAAGAGGAGGAGAAAGAAGAGGCAAUGGAAGAAGAGGAGGGGAAAAAGGAGACAAAACAAAAACUUGACCUACCACCAUCACCAAAAUAAAGUAUGAACAACCAAAAGCCUUACCUCCAUCACUCCAUCGUAUCUUCCCUCAGUGCACUCUACCUUGGCUUUGUGUCUCCUGUUAAUAAGUGUAGUUCUUCCUUCCAAAUGGUAGCAGGUCUCUGCCCAAGCCCGACAACCACUGUGAGCUCAUGAUUGUAUGACACAAAGUUCUUUUCAUCUGUUUUCCCUCUUCCCCAGACCGAUGUCCUACUUUUGGAGAGGUGGCAGCCACUUCAUCUGCUCGAGACGGCCUUCUGCUUGGGGAACAACGUUGGUGCUUCCCAAGAAGGGUAUAUGUGCAAAUAGGAAAUAAUCUGGACAUUUUACAAAUGGAAAUAAAUUAUCUUUUGUCAAAAA